AUGGUCUUAGCGCAGCUGCACAAUGCCGUGGAUGCCCUGGAUCUGUUGACGUUUGCUGGGACUACUAGUACCCAAGAUGCCAACGACUUGAAUGGCUGCUCGGCGACUACGCCCCGACUUACCGGGUUAACAAGGAUGUCAAGCCAGGAACCGAACCAACAGCAGGCCCGUGGAGAGUCAGCCGGUGAGCAAAGGAUCCGGAAUAGUUUCACCCUGAUAAAUAAGGAUCUACUAUCCAAGAGCGAGGCUGUUCAGUCCUUUGGCUUCUUCUUUGAGAAAUUAUGGCCGCUGAAACCCAUCGUGCCAACGUACUACAAGGACAGGACCCGUCAUAUUACCACCGGCUGA